UUGUCGGUGCGGGCGGUGGUGCAGGAGCGGAGAAGCACGUCGCGGACCAAGGUGCUGGAGGUAGUUCAUCAUCAUCCACCUCGUCGAGUCGGGCCAGUGGGACGACAACCUCCAGAACUGGGACCACGAGGACGGCAAGCAGCAAUAGUACCACCGUAGUUGAUGGUGCUGUCGUUUAUUCUGGUGGUGCGUCGACUACAUCUUUGACCACCACGACGUCCACCAGCUGUCUCCAAACUGCCACUUGCCUCGACGCGAUCAAUCUUUGCACGGCUCUGCACCGCAUCGCGAAGUUGAGCGCCAACAGCGGGAGCAAGAACGGCUACACCCGCACCCGUUUGCUCGCGCAGCCGGGCUUUCAGACCUUGUUGGAUUUGGUCGCUUUGAAAAUUCCGGAGUUCACUGCCCGCGGAACAGCGAACGUGCUGUAUGCGCUGGCGAAGUUGAAGUUUGUCCCCACCUGGAUGCCGCAGCUGCUGCGGCAGGCGGAGAGGGUUGCGGACUGCUUCGAGCCGCAGCAGCUCUCCGCGUGUUUGUAUUCGCUGGGCAAGUCCCCGGCGCUCUACGCCAGCAGCGAGGGUAGGGCGCUGAAACAGGCUUGCUUGCUGCAGACGGAAGCGAUUCUGCCGUCUUUCUCGACGCCCAUGGAGAUCGUCGGGGUGGCCACCGGACUUUGCAGGAUCGCGACGAACAAUAGUGCAGGAGCUGACGAGGAACUAGUACGUGGAGAUUGUUCUACCAGCGGUCGUCCUGUUGACCACCAGCUGCAGGAACUGCAUCUUAGUGGCGCCACC